CUUAGUACGGAAGCCGGGGAGGUCCGGCUGCUUGCGCGGUGGUGUGGGUCUCCACCCGAGAGUAUGGCUGCCGGGAGUGUAGUGGUGUGAGAAUGUGGCAGGGAGAGAUGAAGAGGAUGAAGAAGGAGUCCCGAUACUGAACUUGUUUUUUUUUUUAUUUUAUUAAUUUUAAUGGAGUUUUAUUUAGUGUUUUUUUUAGAUAUCGUCUGAGCAGCCCCUUUUAUUGUUUAUCUUUUUUGCGCCUCUCCAGGACCAUGCUCGAUUUUAAUAAGUUUAUUUUUUCCCGUUUUUAUAACACAUUGGUUUGUGUGACCUAAUGAAGAAGUGCAAGUUUUCAUUUUCAAAUUCCCUUUGCUGUUCCCAGAGAACCUAAGCGGAUUCGACAAACCUACAGUUAUCUGGUUACAGGGUUGGUGAUGUAUGCCACUAUGGUGGGCUGCUGUGGGACAAUGCUAUUUUUUGCCGAUUAUAAUUAGCUGCACCGUUUCGUGGAAAUGGGCCGAGGGUGCUUAUUAGUAAAAACAAACAUGCCACCGUUGCCUUCUUAAUUGAUUCUACGUUGCAAACACAUAUUUUUAAUUUUUAAGAGUGCAGGCUGAAGAAUCUCCCUCACUCCCCACCCCCCGAGUUUCCUUUUUCCUUUUUAUUUUUUUUUUUACCUUUCUUGAUGUGUGCUUAACACUAUUUUUGCUAUUUUUCGGAACGAUGCGUGAAUAUAAAGUGGUAGUGCUGGGCAGCGGCGGGGUUGGAAAAUCCGCCUUGACUGUGCAGUUCGUCACUGGCACCUUCAUUGAGAAAUACGACCCCACGAUCGAGGACUUCUACCGCAAGGAGAUCGAGGUGGACUCGUCGCCCUCCGUGCUGGAGAUUCUGGACACUGCGGGUACCGAGCAGUUCGCCUCCAUGCGCGAUCUCUACAUCAAGAACGGACAAGGGUUCAUCCUGGUUUACAGUCUGGUGAAUCAACAGAGCUUCCAGGACAUCAAGCCCAUGAGGGACCAGAUCAUCAGAGUCAAAAGAUAUGAAAAAGUGCCUGUGAUCUUGGUGGGGAACAAAGUGGACCUAGAAAGUGAAAGAGAGGUGUCUUCAGGUGAAGGUCAAGCCCUGGCAGAGGAGUGGGGUUGCCCCUUUAUGGAGACCUCGGCAAAGAGCAAAACCAUGGUGGACGAACUUUUUGCAGAGAUUGUGCGGCAGAUGGAUUACGCUGCCCAGCCCGACAAAGAUGACCCCUGCUGCUCCUCCUGCAAUAUACAGUAAUGGGAAUCUUGGAAUGCCAUUCAUUUACUGUAGUUAAACAAAAACACCAUUUUAAAUCCUAAAUAGGAUUGUGGGAAUGUUUACUUUUUUAAAAUGCAUAACAAGUCUUAUAAAAGGCACUGUAGUAAAGAAUACAGAAAGAGAAACGAAAAAGUGCAGAGGGAACUGAAGUGGAGGAUCUGGCUAGCGCUUUCUCUUGAGCUGAAAGUAACGCUUAGGUAACAAAUCUGUGAACCCUUAAUGUUCAUUCAAACCAAACCUUUUGGUACAAAUUAGGUAUUUAUCAAAAAGUUUGAUUUCACCAAAAUUACUUUCACAAAGUAAGUCACCUUCAGGAUGUUUUAUUAUUGUUUGGACUGGCCAUUGCACACAGUUCAAACAAGUUGAGUUUAUGUAAGAUAAAAACUGUUAGCGGUGCCUUAUGGUGCUCAACUCUACCAUGACAGAGAAGCUGAUUUCUCCUGAAUUGCAAAUGAAAAUAAGGCAACAUCGUUUAAAUACACCACGUUUUUAAGCAUUGGUUACAACCGGAUGCAUAAGCCAGGCGUUUCAAGACCUCUGUAUCAUUAAACAUUUUAUUAAAAAUAGUUACCUUCAUUUUUUUUUCAUAUUCACUUGCAAGAGUUAUUAAUCAUCAGCCUGUCAAAAAUGUCUUGAAUUGUUUGUUUACACUGCAGAAAUUCAAAUUUUUCUGUGUUUUACGUCUCCCUGCACACCGUAACCAUGGAGUAUUGGCAAGCUAUAUUAUACAGUAAGUGCUCCUACUCUAUUGUUCCAAGCCAUUGUGAUUUUUCACAUUUAAUAAGAAAUAAAUAAUAAAAGUUGUGUUUUUUUUAA